UUUUUUGUUAAUAGGUCUGUAUAGUAUAGAUAAUGAGGUAAAUUUUUUCGUUUUGUUUUCCCGCGUAUGUUAAUAUUUUGAAUUUAUUUAUUUUUAACAAAAACUAGAAUAGAAAACAUAAAUAAUAAUAUUUUUUUCACAACAAACCUUCCACUGUUAAUUGUUUUUAUAAAAUGAGCGACGAAAUUAUAACUAUUAUGGAAGUUGAUGACAGUGAAACAACACAAACAAAGUCUAACAAAAGUUCUAAAAGCACCACUCACCUACCUUGGAUUGAAAAGUACCGUCCACAAGUGUUUACGGAUAUUGUUGGAAAUGAAGACACAGUAUCGCGGUUGGCCUUUUUUGCGCGGGCAGGGAAUGCGCCUAAUAUUAUAAUAGCUGGACCGCCCGGCGUUGGGAAGACGACUACAAUUCUGUGUCUAGCACGCGCACUACUCGGUACUUCAUUCAAGGAUGCCGUACUCGAGCUCAAUGCAUCUAACGACCGUGGCAUAGAUGUCGUACGCAACAAGAUCAAAAUGUUCGCGCAACAAAAGGUAACAUUGCCACCAGGGCGACACAAGAUAGUAAUUCUAGAUGAGGCAGACAGUAUGACGGAGGGAGCCCAGCAGGCGCUCCGGCGCACUAUGGAGCUGUACUCGAGUACCACAAGGUUUGCCCUCGCCGCCAACAACAGUGAGAAGAUCAUUGAACCCAUACAAUCACGAUGUGCAGUACUGAGAUACUCACGACUCACUGAUGCACAGAUCCUCGCUAAGGUUCUAGAAGUGUGCCAAAAAGAGAACCUCUCAUAUACAGAGGAAGGUAUUAGUGCAGUGGUGUUCACAGCGCAGGGUGACCUGCGUUCCGCCCUCAACAACUUGCAGUCCACAGCACAGGGCUUCGGCCACAUCAGUCCUGAUAAUGUGUUCAAGGUGUGUGACGAACCACACCCACUUCUUGUCAAGAACAUGCUGGAGGCUUGCACUAAGCAGGAUAUACAUGCUGCUUACAAGGUAAUAGCCAACCUGUGCAAGCUGGGCUAUGCUGCGGAGGAUAUAGUGAGCAAUAUAUUCCGAGUGUGCAAAACGCUGGACAUAUCAGAAGACCUGAAGCUGGCUUUCAUCCGCGAGGUGGGUCUGACGCACAUGCGCGUGGCGGACGGGCUGGCGUCGCCGCUGCAGCUCGCCGCACUGCUGGCACGCAUGUGCCGCGUUGCCGCCGGGCACGAGCCGCACUGGUAACAGACGACUGGGGACGAGCGACCGGCCCACCCUACACUAGGAUCCACAAACUCCUAUAAUUUAAAUAUGGGACAUCUGUGUAACUAUUUAUCGGCAUAAAAUUCACUGUGAUAUAACUUAUGUAUGUUAUACUUCCAUUCUCUUCAUCCUUAUUCAUCCCAGAUCGACAAUGCAAUCAUAAAAAUGAGGCAAGAAAAUAGUUGCAAAGUACAUGUGCAGGUCUGAACUUAUGAAAUUAAAUUUGCACAAAAAAUAA